UAACAUCAAGCACACAUAUUUCGACGCAUAUCGAUAAUUAUGGAAUCUGCCAAGGGCCAAGAUGCACCAGAUGGGCAUGAUACACUCACACAGAUACGUUAGCUCACUCACUAGCGUGCUCACGCUCUCUUGGAAGUUGGAUGUAAACAAUGAGUAAAAAUAUGGUAAACUGUAAUCGAAAGAAGCAUUAGUUGAGCCUGGUUGAGCCAGUUUUCCGAAUUUCAUCGAUAUACUUGAGCUCUUUGUUUAACAACAGACGUCGUAAUUGCAAACUGUUCGGCAGUUCGUUCGUCCAUUGUUUCUGAUUGUUUCAACACAUGAAUGGUGCUUCCCAGCGGGCAGUCACAGUGUACUUUUAACACUGUGAUCAUUAAUCAUUUUAACUCGGUGUAACAUGGGCAAACAAAAAUAUAUGUGUUACGCUCGUUACACUGUCUCUUGGAAAGCAUCCAAGAUUAUAGGAAAUUCAGGCUCUUCUCUUUCAUUUAUAUAUUGAUGUAUAUAUUGAUCAAAACGACCGUUCUUCAAAACGAAUGCUCGCGGGACGACAGUAUAUAGCAAUUCGCGCGUUGCGCCACUUUAUUUUCUCGUUCUUAGUUGGUGUAUGUCUUUUUCGGAAGCGACGACAGUCGGUUUACCAAGUCGAGAGAGAUAGUUGCUUCACUUAAGCUGUAUCUGAUCGCAAACGAUAUCAAAGAGAAACCUUAAUUUCUCUCUGAUGACAUAUAUCGGUACGAUAUUCUUGAUGCUUCUUCGUUGAUAGACGAUGUCUCGCGGUGACCAUACCCGUUUGAUUGAGAGCAAUUGAGAGUUCUGUACUGGACAAUCGAGAGAGAAAGAGAGAGAGAGAGCAGCUGAAUCAAAACUACACCUGCAGGCUGCAAUCAAAUACGCAGUGGUGCGUAGUCGUGCUGAAUCGCGCAUCUCAGUUCGGCGCAUCUUCGACCUCUUUGAAAAAGAAAAAAAAGGAACGCUGUGUUCUCUGGUCACCCAAAAGCCUAGACUUCGCGUUUGCCGAUCGUUUGUCGAUAAUUGAAAGAUGCACGUCACCUGCAAGUGCCUGAAUGUGUCCAUCAAGUCUAGGAGCGCCGAAUUACAACAGGUUAACAUCGAAUUGACCGAUCUGGAACGUGCUGAUGCCUUUUUUCGAGAGGAUUUGGCGAGUGUACCAGAAUUGGAAAAAAUUACUAAAGAACAACCUGGUUUAAUGGAAAAAAGAAAUGUUGGAUCCUGGAUUGUACACCGUUGUUGCAAUUGCUCAAUGUAUACUCACGCAGUUCAUAGAGAAUACGGUGCUGCUUUAGUCCUCAUUAAUAACAAUAUUCUUUUAUCUCCCGUGGAAAUAAAUAAAUUAAAAUCCAAUCCAGAUUACAGCCCAAUAUUUAGGGUAGUAAUUAAUCAUAGUUUGGAAGAUCUCGACGAUUAUCUGCAACAGCCUAAAUUUUCUGUUUCACAAUUACCUAACGCGGUUCAAGUGGCCCUAGAUGGAUUACAACAACAGUUACAAGAGGCUGUACAACGUCAAACAAUAGCUAUAGAAGAUAAAAUACGUGCAUUUACUGCUGAGCAGCAUCAAUUGUUGGAACAAUUUCGCGAAAGAGCACACAAUGAACAUAGGCUGUUAUCAAAACUAGUAUGUAGAGGUGACGAGACAAGUAGAGUAACCAAUAAUAUAGAAACUCCGCCAACAACUCCUGACGGUUUUAAAAGUAUUAUGACUACCUCUGCAGCUAAUACAGUGAAUCCAAAGUCUAAUAUAAUAUUCAGUGACACAAAAGUAUCUAGUAGCCCAAACGUUAAACAUGAGACAACUACCAGACACUCCUCUAAAAGUAGCAUUAAUAAUGAAAAUUCAAGAAAAAAGGAUACAGUGUAUAUUAGUACCAAGGAAUCAGGUAGUUUCGAUACGGAAGUAUUGUUUCCUUUUGAAGGAAUGGAGGAUACAGACACAGCCAGCCAACAGCUUCUAUGCUCUUCGGAAGACACUGAUGGAUCUGAUACCGAUGAUUCAAGCCAAAACGAGGAGAUUCAUAUGCCAAGAGGUCAACGGGAUGGUCAUUCUACGUUAGCUAAAUCAUUACCUGUCAUCGUGCCUGUUUUCCCUUCUAUCGUUCGUCAUACAAUACAGGAUCAAGACGAUGAUCAGUUGCCAACUGAUCCACACAACAUUCGAGCUUCAAUGAAAGCCUUAGCUAAAAGCGUCAAUACUGAUACGGUAUUUGGAGAUUUACCACGUCCCAGAUUUUCUACUCAGAUCUGAUUUAUCAAGAUGGGAAAUCACUAUAGUGAUAUUGAAAGUGUCAUAUUUUGAGGCAAGGAGUACAAUGAAUUAUAAUAAAUCUUACUUAAGGAAAAGCUGUGAGAUUUUAAAAGUAGUUUGCUUCGCCUUCUAAAGCUAAAUCUAAAAUGUGCUCUUUGCUUUCUGUUUCUUAUUGUACAUUUUACCAUUUUUUACUUCUUGCUUUUUUGUUAGGUUGUUUCUUCAUUUUCUGGUUGCGAAAUAAGAAUUUAUGACUCAACGAGGAAGGGUGAAGGGGAGGAAGAGACAGAUAGAGAUAAGAAAUACAAUUAUUGAUGAAAUGGUCGCAAAGAAGAUAAAAGGCAAGAAACAGGACGGAAAAGGGCAUAUAAUAGAUUAGAUUUGAAGAUCAAUAAACAAAAAAAUGUACAUUAAAUAUUUAUAUUUGAUUUAAA